AUGAAUUCCCUCUUCAAUUCCGCCCUCAAGCAGUCUUCUGCUAUCCGGCGCGAUUUGGACACAUUCUCGCAAUCCCCUGCGACAUCCUCUGCAGCCUUGCAGGGCCAGAUAGCGGCUUCUCUUGCCUCUCUAUCACGAACGAUCGACGACUACUCGGCCCUGUCCAAGAAAGAGCUCAUCCCCGAGAAACAAGAAAAGGCAUUUGAGCGAACGAAGAAAUUUCGAUCCGAACUCGCCGACUACCGACUACAUUUCGAUCAACUACGGAAAGAGAGAGAGGAUGCGCAAUCCGUGACAAAUCGCAAUGAGCUUCUUGGUCGACGACCGCACCAUACAGCCACCCCCGAGAAUCCGUAUGCCCAAUCGUCACUCCCCAACCCGUCGCCAUUCGCCCCGUCUUCUUCUCGAGCCGGUCUCAGCUUCGGUGCCUCGCCGGCGGACUAUAACCGGGAGACGCAUGCGCUUCGCGAACAGUCCUUCCUCGGUACUACGAACACGCAACUCGAUGAGUUUAUCGACCGGGGGCGAGCGGUCCUAGCGGAUCUCGGCGACCAGCGAGAAGUUCUGAAGGGAACACAACGUCGGUUGUACAGCGUAGCCAACACUCUGGGCGUCAGCGGGGAGACGAUUCGAAAGGUCGAGCGCCGGGCGAAACAGGACAAGUGGAUUUUCUGGGCAGGGGUGAUCCUGUUCUUCCUCUUCUGCUGGGCCGUUUUGCACUUUUUGCGGUGA